AUGCACAUUGAUCCACCUAAUAUACGGUACGAUGUUCCGGGGUACGCAGCGAAAGACGAACACGUUGGGGAUCCUAAAAAAGAAAUAAUCCGGAAAACAUUAUACCCAAGCAACAUCCGCAAUCGCGCGUCGCCGACGGGUACUUGGAGACCAGACGUCGGACGCGCCCUUCAAUACGCCAUUCCUUCGGUGCAAGCACACGAAACCAUUGAGCGUGCUUGGCUGCUUCACAAGCGUCACGUUCGCAAGCAGCGCGACGCCGAGUUGGCGAGGAAGUACCAAUGUAUGAAGAAGGCUAUGGAAGAGUUGGAGAAGGUCGAUAGCAAGCUCUUCAUGGAGGCCAACAAACCGGAGGACCCGAGGGCUAGGAGUCAGACCGAGAUGGAAUUGGCGAAGACGCUGAAGGGCUCUGAGAAGAAAACGCUGGAGGCGCGUAUACGAGGGCUUUUCCCGCGCGAGUUACGCAUUCCCGCCGAUACACCUUCGCGCACUGGCUGGAAUUAUGACUGGAAGCCAUUGCAGAGACCUUUAUAG